UGGCGCUCCGGUAUGCAUUGGUUGUUAUUUGUGUCGUCGCGUCUCCGUUGUCGUCAUCCUCGCCCGCGCAGCAGCGCCUUGCUUGCAGUACAAAGGGGUAUGCGUCAAUCGACACUGGACUGUGUGACUUUGACUUGUGAAGGCUUGUUGUCGCUCGCGCGCAGUAAUUCUUCUCUGACGAUGACUCUUACGCAUAGCCGCCCUGUCGCGUUUUUGGGUCACGUCAUAGGAAAUGUCUACACACUGUUGCGAUGGUGGUUGACGUGUAUCACCCUCGGCGGCAAUAUUCUGUGGUUCCGAGAGAAACGCUGCAGGUCUCUUGUUUUGCCUGGCCCCAUAUGGCAGCGGAGCGUGCUGGCUGGACGUGUGCACAAACACGUUCGCAGUCAGUCGGCCGGCCCAGCUGUGCCAACACGGCGGCAGCGGGGCGUCGCUCGCGCGGUGCCACCUGCGCGCCGCGCCGGCGCCGCCGCGGGCCGCCCGCGGGGUCAGUCUCCGCCGCACGGCCACGCCAUGGACUGCAGCAUCUGCUUUGAGAAGUACGACCAGCAGGAGCGCGUGCCCAAGGUGGUGCCGUGCGGCCACACCGUAUGCCUGCUGUGCCUCGGGCGGAGCGAUAGAAGGGAAUGCCCAACGUGCCGCACGCCCUACAAGGUCCUCCCCUCAUCGCUUCCUAGAAACUUUGACCUGCUGCGACUAAUCGACCAACAUGGGCAUGCCAGGGUCCACUGCGGAUGGUGCUCCGACUGCCGCGACGCUGCAAAGGGCGAAUGCUGGGAGGAGCACGAGGUCCUCAACGUCCAGGCCGCCCUGAGGAGGCGCCUGCAGGCGGGCGUGCUGCAGCAGGCUGCCGGCCAGCUCGAGGCUCUUCAUCGCCAGUGCCAGGGGGCGAAGGCUCUGCACGCCAUGACCUUGCUCUCAGCCGAGCCCUGGGACCUGACCCUGAGGAGUGGGGACAAGGUGUUGACGGGGACCGUGAGGAAUGCGGAUGACGCUGACCCCCUUACCAAGGCCAUGUGGCUCACGGUGGCCGCCAAGGCUGCGCUAACCAAGAUAUUGCCAGCAGUAGUUAUUGAAACUCCUCUCGACGGCGACAGACCUCCCUCUGCAGCCAAGGGGCAGACACCUGCAGAUGGGAAUGCUCCUCCGGGAACUAGUAGCGCACCAUCUCCAGCUGGGAGCCCUCUCUCGGCAGCCACGAGCGCACCCCGCGCCGUGUUGCAGUUCCUGUGGGAGUUGAAUGUAGGGAGUGCCUCCUACGGGGAACCCAACGAAAAACACCAAGAAAAGACAGAUUGUCUGCGACUCGUGCUUGGGGUAGAACGGCUGGUCGGCGUGCACUGCUGCUAUGACCCCGCCUGGAGCCUCCAGCUGCUGCGGUCUGCCGCGCCCUCGGUGGAGCAGCUGAGCGUUUGGUACCUCCGCCAGGCUCACAUGCUCGCGGUGCACGCCAUGCCUCGGUUGAGGAGGCUGUGGUUGUCGCAUUACAUGGAACCCCGGUCUCUCGAGCUGGGCGAACUCCCACAGCAGGGCAACGGCGAAGGUCUGGAGUGGCUCAAAGUGUACGGACUUCCUCGUCCCACGACGCGGUCGGUGCUGCAGGCGCACGCACACUCGCUGCAGGAGCUCGUGCUGUUUGUGGGCACGGCGGGGGAGCAGCAGUGGCCGCGGAGCUGCAGUGACCUGCACUCGCUGCUGGAGCAGUGUGGCCUCCGGGCGCUGAGGAGGGUCGUGCUGGAGAGGGGAGGUGCCUCCUCACGGUGCAGCCACGGGCGAGCCGGGUGCGACCAGCAGCGCGGCGAGGUGCGGCGGGUGCUGCACGGCGCCGAGGUCCUGUGCAGCAAGUGUCACCACCGCCGUGCCCGGCCCUACUGCAGGCUUUAAUCCUCCCUACUGUCGGUAUACGAAAUAAACUAAACGUAGUUUCAAAACAAUAUUAAUUAAUUACUCCUUUAAGUAAAGGGUAAACCAUCCUGUAGCAAGCUCACGUAGAUGUGCACGACAUUCGA